AUGCAAUAGUUAUUCUUAAUAAGAUUGUAGAAAAUUAGAGUAUUUGGCUUUUGUUUUGGAUAAUGUUUUGACUUUACAGAUUGCAGCAUAUUAGGUAAGGAUAAUUAUUCAGAAUCAUCUCAUCAAUGUAUAUUUGAGGGAACAUACUGUGUGAAAAUGCUAAAAUGUAAUGAUAAGAUUGGAUGUACGAAUAAAAAUUAGAAUGGGAAGCAUUGUUUUUGGAUCACUGGAACACUGAGAAAUUGUACAAAUGUCACAAAGUGUGAGCCUAGAGGUUCUUGA